UUUACUUACUGGUCAGGAGACCAAUGUACGCGCCGUUUGAAAGGUAGGAAUAAUAUAACUGACAAAAUGUGAAUGAAAGAAGGGGAAAAAAAAUAAGAGAGGCUGCAGCUUGUCACCUUGAAGGUCACUCCGGCUGACCAACCAGAAAUAAUCGCAAUCACAGCUUUGAAUACCAGCACAUAGAAAAAGAGGUUAACAAGGGAAAUGGGGUCAAAUUGCUGUUGGUAGCAUCAGGGGCCAACAAACAAACAGCACUCUUGCGUGCCCCUUCAAUUCCUUCCUUACAAAAAGGGAGCUAGCUAGGAAGAGCACAACCUACAUCUGCACUGCACCUGUCUUUGAGGAAUCGAACCCAAGAUUAUAUUGUUGAGGAGGGAAGGGAAGGGGAUGAACGCCGACGACCUGGGCUCGCCGAGGGAGCUCACCGGGCUGCAGCGGAGGAGGGCGCUGUACCAACCGGAGUUGCCUCCAUGUCUUGUUCAGGUUUAUGAUAUGAUGGGAACGAGAAUCAGAGUGGAGUUUGGUGACUCAACAACGACCAUUGAUUCAAAAUGCGCAGAUAUCGUCGCACAGGCAUUCCCACACAUCUUUGGUCAGAAGUUGGUGCGUUUUCUAGAGCCACACAUGGACACGGUGGUCUCUGAAUCUGAUGCACAAGUCAUCCAAGAAAACUCACCAAUUAGGGUGGGUGUGGUGUUUUCUGGAAGGCAGGACAGGUUAUGGCCGAUUUUGUGACUCAACAUUGUGGUGCAGUGGAGGCUGUGGAAAUUGUACCUUGGACGCUCUUCUUUGAUGGAUCCACAUGUGACCGGGGGGUAGGA